AUGCGCGCGACGCGGGUGCUGCACACUGGCAGCAACGUCGGCCUCGCCGACUACAUGCUCGUACCGUACACGCUGGCCCUGACCAUGUCGUCAACAAUGGCGCUCGUGACAUGCGUCGUCGUCUUCAAGUGGACCAAUGUCAAACAACACGCGAGCCAAGGCGCCCUCUUCAUGUUCUUUGCGUGCACCGUCGUGUGGUCGGCCGUCACGUUUGUCGGCUGCAUCGCCAAGUACCUCGACCGCCGCGAGACGAAUUGGGACAACUCGCUGACAAAGUAUACGUUCCUCGUCGCACAAAUCUUCCAGGUCGGGGCCGGGCUCUGGCUUCUCGUCGCUGUCCACGAGAUCAAGCGCAUGGUCUUCGCGCCGCGCUCGGCUGCCAACAGCAAGCGCGCUAUGCGCUUCUUCGUCGCUAGCAUCUACAUCGUUUUGUGUCUCUAUGGUCUGGGCAUGAUCCUCUACGUCAGGCUGCACUUUGGGGCUGACGACGACCAUGACGACGACCAUGUCGAUGAACAUGAUGAUCCCAACAGUGCGGGCUUCGGUCAUGAAAGACAGCUCAACUUUUUCGAGGCGCUACAGUGGGGUCACAGUCUACUGCGCAUGGCCACGGUUCUGUACCCGAUCGGCAUGAGUCUCUACUUUCACGCGCGCCGGUAA